AUGGAGACCAAUUACAUUAUCAGUCGACAACAACAUCUGUUCUUUGAAGAGCAUGGAUAUCUCGUCAUAACCAAUGGUUUUACCAGAGAAGAAAUCGAAAAGCACAAGAUCUGGGCCAAAGUCGUUCGUGAUCUUCCACAGACCCAUGAGCCUUGUGGUUACCUCCAAUACCAGGAAAUCAACAACAAAGGCGAGCGUGUGCUUUGCAGAGUCGAGAACUUCGCCGAGGAAGUAUUUGGGUUCAACUCACUUCUUCGUGGUAUGAAGCUUGUUGGCAUUGUUAGCCAGUUGGCUAAUACACACAUGGUUUUGUUCAAAGAUAAGCUCAAUUACAAAUCUGCGGGUGCAGGUGGCUUUGCAGCUCAUGUUGAUCGUGUUGGUUAUGGCGCCUUUAGUAACCUUAAGCACUUGUCUAUUGCCAUUGCAAUCGAUCCGGCCCACACAGGAAACGGUGGUAUCGAGGUAGUUCCGGGUAGCCACAAAAUGGAUGUCCCAAUCGGCGCCGACAAUACUCUUGAAAAGAGUUGGGUUGAAGCUCAGCAAUGGGUGCCCGUUGAUCUCAAAUCUGGUAAGUCAGAUCUCCUGAUCCAAAGUGCCAAACACAGAAAUAACGGAGUGCAAAAAGGUGACAUGCUGAUCUUUGGCACCUCAUUCGCUCAUAGGAGUGGACCAAAUCUCAGCACACAUGAUCGUCGAGUCAUCUAUGCAACCUACAAUCGUGCGAUCGAUGGCGACAACCACGAUGCCUAUUAUCUUGAGCGUGCGAAGAGAUACCCAUCGAGUCACCAUCGCAUUCCCGGUGUUGACUAUCGUGAUGGUUCUGCAAGCUAUGCGUACGGCACACCAAUGCUCACCAUCGAAAACCUGGAAUCGAACGCGACUGCAGGAAAGAAUGACAACGACAAUGGAUCUUCCAAUUAA